CUUCCUUUCCUUCCGCGCUUAGGCCGCUCCGGCUUCCUUCUCCGCAGCCAUGGCGCUGCACGGGCUGCGAGUUCUGGAAAUGGCGGGCCUGGCGCCGGCCCCGCUCUGCGGCCUGAUUCUGGCCGACUUCGGGGCGCAGGUGGUGCGGGUCGACCGCUCGCCCCGCACGGCCAUGACCACGGACGUGCAGGGCCGGGGGAAGCGCUCGCUGGCGCUGGAUUUGAAACAGCCUCGGGGCGCCGCGACGCUGAGGAGACUCUGCCAGAAGGCGGACGUACUUAUCGAGCCUUUCCGACCAGGAGUCAUGGAAAAACUUGGCCUUGGUCCAGAUAUACUCCUUCAGGAUAAUCCCAAACUCAUCUAUGCUAGACUAACUGGAUUUGGUCAUUCUGGAAAAUGUGCCAAGUUGGCAGGUCAUGAUAUUAACUAUUUGUCAGUCUCAGGGGUGCUGUCGAAACUUGGCAGAAAAGAUGAAAAUCCUUAUGCUCCUGUCAAUCUUCUGGCCGACUUCGCUGGUGGCGGUGUUAUGUGUGCAAUCGGCAUCGUUAUGGCACUCUAUGAAUGUACAAAAUCUGGAAAAGGACAAGUCAUUGAUACGAGUAUGGUAGAAGGGGUAGCAUACCUAAGCUCCUUUUUGUGGAAAUCUCAAAACCUGGGCCUUUGGAACAGACCUCGUGGGGAGAACCUGCUGGACAGUGGGGCCCCUUUCUAUGAAACAUACAAGACUUCGGAUGGAAAAUUCAUGGCUGUUGGUGCCCUUGAGCCGCAGUUCUAUGCACAGUUCAUUCAAGGUCUUGGUCUGCAUUCUGAUAAACUUCCCAAUCAGAUGAGUUUCUCUGACUGGCCUGAAAUGAAGAAGUUAUUUGCAGAAGUAUUCUCAAAGAAAAGCCAAAAAGAAUGGUGUGAAAUCUUUGAUGACUCUGAUGCCUGCGUGACACCAGUUUUGACUUUUGACGAUGUUGCCUCCUAUCCACACAACAAAGAACGUGGUUCUUUUCUUAAGAAUGAUCAGGAGGAGAUAAGCCCUAGGCCGUCCCCUCUUUUUUCCAGGACCCCAGCUACCCCUUCUUCCAAAAGGGAUCCAUUCAUAGGAGAGCAUACCAAAGAGAUCCUCCUGGAGUAUGGUUUUUCCAAGGAAGAGAUUUCAGAGCUCUGCUCUCUUAAAGUCAUUGAAUUCAAUACACCAAAAGCUAACUUGUAGAAAACUCUACAAAUCAAGAGUCUGACACUGGCAAAUCAUAUUUUUACCCCAUCGGUGUUGAAUUCUUAGCAAGGGGAAAUUUUGUAUCUUUUCCAGAGGAUGGUCAAAAUGACAUAACUACGGCUUGGAGUUGAACAUUCCCCAGUAUCCUUCAGCGAUUUUCGCUUGGAAGAAGUUGGCUUCUCUGCAAGUGCAUCUUGAGAGCCGUGCACUUAGGGCAUAAGAAAUAAUGCACUCGCCUGACAAGACCUGCACUGAUCCAUGUGGGUCAUUAUGCUGUGCUGGUGCAGAGAACAACACGAGUGCUAAUAUAGAGGCAGCUUGUGCUGCUGAUCUCCCAUGUGGAGGAUUGGUUGGUCUGUGUAUUACAACACAUGAAAUAAAUUGUUAAUGGCAAAUUGAAGUAGAUUCUCCUGCUAUGUAAAAUACAACACGGUGAAUAAAUGGUUGAAAGACGUAUUUCUUAACAGAUCUAUUCUCCCUUUAAAGCUCACGCCCGGGAAGUAUUUUCAGAAACAAUGCGAAGAAUAUACUUAUUCUAGAGGGAAGGUAUUAUAAUAUCCCCUAUCAUCUUUAAAACAUAGUUUGUGUGGAAUAGAGAAAACAGGUCCAUUUCAUAUUACCCUAUUUCUUCGAUUCUAAGACACACUUUUUCCCCCAUAUAAACAUCUCUAAAUAUGGGGUACGUCUUAGAAUCGCGGGUGUAUCUUAGGGUUUUUUUUCCGGGUUGAUGGUACUGAAAUUACUGUGCGUCUUACAAUUGAUGGCGUCUUACAAUCGAAGAAAUACGGUAUUCGUUUUAUUGCCCUAUAACAGAGUGUACAUGAAAUACAACCCUUCAUUGUUUACUUCCACUUAUUCUAGAGGGAAGGUACUAUAAUAUCCCUAACAUCUUUAACACAUUGUGUGUGUGGAGUAGAGGAAACAGGGCAUUUCAUAUCAUUUGUUUGAUUUCCCUAUAACAGAGCGUACAAGAACAAGUCUUGGAUGUUAAUGGAUGUGGGCGCUGACCCAUUUUCUCACCGCCACUCCCACCUCUCCCUACCCCAAGCAAAAUGUAACUUCCUUUGUAUUACCAUUGGCCAUAUGACAGAAUAUUAUUGAUGUUCACAUGCUAGAUUGAGAUUUGAAUAAAUGACUUUAUUCUGUAUUGUUUUAAUUAAUGAUCCCAGUGAAGAUUUUGUGUUCUCGUUAAUUUGGUCUUUUGAUUUUGUGUUUGCAGUUUGUGUAAAUUUGUUGUGACUUACAGCCUAAACAAGCAAGCCCUUUUUAAAUUGAUAGGAUUGAAUAUUCCACAAAUUAAUUUUCGGGAUUUCUUGAGUUUAUAAUUCUUAUUGUAAUUACCGGAAGACGUGGCUUUUAUAAAACGUGUUAAUACAUUUUUUAAAUCUUACAAAUAAAAGUGUAACAUUAAUUUUCA